AUGCUGUUCGAGCGCUUAUUGCUGUGGUUCUUGAUGGUUGACGUAAGCGUCGUACAGGCGCUCGUCCUUCCUCCCUUAGAAAACUACGAUCCCUUGGAGCCGCUCAUGAAAGGAGAUAUAUCAAUGUCCCAACGUAACAAGAUUCAAUUUCAUGGCCAAUUGCCGCCCAUACUAAACCCUGUCGAUGUGGAAAAUGACCAAAGAACUUUGCAUGUCCCCGGGAAGAUCCCGUCAUAUGUUAUCAAUCACUGUCCCUUAGUUCAUCUCUAUAGUGAGGAGAAGUAUUGGCCCUCUGACAUUGCCGAGUAUGUGCAAAAUUUUCAAAUCAAGGACAAGCGCGGCAAUUGCAUGCCGACUCACGAAAACUUGACAUUACAUGAUCUGAAGGCCGAAUACAGCGCAGACUUGUUUGGCAAUGGAAGCGAAACCCUUAUUCCCAGCGGAGAGGUGUUUUUGACCAGUUUGGACGAUUUUGACAAGGAUCCUACAUGGCUGCUGGGCCAUCCUCCGGAAUACGGGACAGGGUACAACUCCAGGGCACCUGCGGUCCUGGUCGUGGUCGACAAGGGCAAUGGAUGGGUUGAUGCGUUUUGGUUUUUUUUCUAUCCAUUCAAUCAUGGUCCCUUCAUUAUGGGCCAGGGCCCCUGGGGCAAUCAUGUCGGUGAUUGGGAACACUCCUUGGUCAGGUUUUACAACGGUAUACCAAAGUAUCUUUGGAUGAGUGCGCAUUCUAGUGGGACUGGCUAUAGAUACGAAGCUGUUGAAAAAUUCAAGAAGUUAAGGAAGAGGAAACAGCAAGAUGACGAUGACGAUAACGACGGAAACAAUAUACUCGAGAGACCGUUGAUUUUUAGCGCUAGAGGCACUCACGCUAACUAUGCAUCUACGGGGCAACAUGCUCAUGAUAUUCCCUUUUUUUUUAUGCCAUUGAGCGACUUCACCGACCGUGGACCCCUAUGGGAUCCAUCUCUGAAUUUUUACUCCUACACCUUUGAUGGUAAGACUGUGACCCCUUCUACAGAACGAGAAAAAUCGCUCGGUUUGGAUUGGUUGCAUUUCCAAGGCGGGUGGGGUGAUCAACAACUGCCAGCUAAGGACCCAAGACAAAAAUGGUGCGUAGCCCAAUGGAAAUAUAUCGGAGGUCCUCGCGGGCCCUUGUUCAAGAAAUUGGAUAGAUUGAAUCUGUGUGGUGGUGUAAAGAAAUGGAAUUUCUGGAAUGGGGGGUGCCCCGCAAGAAGAUUGAUCAAGAAAGCUGAGGGGAUGGAUGCUGAAAAGACGGACCUUAUGGGUGACAAUUGUGGUAUUUUACUUUAUAAAAUUAGACCAAAAUGGUUAAGAGGACUUUUAAGACUUUUGAUGUGGAGAGGUAUGCUCUGCUCCCUCAUGGAAUUUUUUACUAAUUGA